AUGCUGAUUUUUCCACCUUGCCCAAAGCUCUCGGUCUGGCUGUUCAACUUCGUCAACUCUGUCAAAGGCGUCGAUACCAAGGUCGUAAACCUUUCAGAGGAAGUCACUCGAUUAUCGAAUCUCCUUUCCUCUGUCGAGAAGACCGUCCGCAAAUGCAGCAGUCAGUCCCUGAUCCUUGGCCAUCUGGACGAUCACAUGUGGCAACAGAUUGAGAACGCCCUUGUGGACUGCAAAGUGACAGUGGAUGGGCUGGAUCAGGUUGUUAUGCGGCUCAUGAACACAUACGAUGCAGAGGCCAGUAAACUUACCACUUUGGCCGUUGUGAAUGUUUCCUUGACCUUUCGAACUACAUCUAACCAGGACACGCUUUUCCAAGAACUCCAGAAUCUUAAGCUGCUCAUCGUCAAAACUCUUCAAGUCGCCCACUUGGUGCCCGAGCCGGCAAACGCCUCGACAGAAGGCGGAGAGCAGCAGGAGCAGAAGCCCGCCGAUCCCUUCUCGCUUAGACAGUCCCGAAAUCUCGAAAGGCUUGCCAAGGCGGCCACGAAAUUCCACCGCGAAACAAGCACGGCCGCUAGCCAAAAGUCAUCGCUGUGGGGUGGAAGCGAGUUUGGUACGGACCUUAGCGACGAACAGAGGGCACGCAUUCAGACGUGGAAUGAGCUCGCAAGCAUCCCGGAGUCCUUCGCAGGUGAUACAACUACCGAUACGGGAAGCACCUAUGGGGCUAGUACCCUUAACCCCGAAACGGAUGCGUCGACUAACGUCACAGUCCCUGAUAGGGAGGAUGCCGUGAGCUCCCCUUCCCAAAGUGAGUCAGAUUUUGAGCUAGACUUCUUGCGCAACCUGGAGGAACUCGCCUACAAGAACUUUGCUUCCGCAAACUACUCCAAGGCAGAGGAAUGCCUCAGGAGGUCCGUUGAUCGUUCUACGGAUGAUUCCUCCCCCAGGCUCACAAGCCUCAAGACUCAAUUGGUACUCUGUUAUUGUGUACAAGAGAAGUGGGAUGCUGCCUUUGCCAUUCUUGAAAUCCUCCCCAAAACGAAAACGAUUGAGUGCCUUCCCAUCUACGAGCUUUUGCAGGCGGUCGCCUUAGGCUAUCAGCAUACCUCGCGCCUCGAGGAAGCUUCUAAAACCCUCAAAAUUGCCCUACAGGCAAAGCGGAGGAUCUUGGGCCGGCAAAGCAAUGGGUACUACAUGGCCUUGGCCCACCUUGCUCGUAUUUUCGAGGAUAUGGGAGACUCCCUUGAGGCCGAAGUGGUCCGCCACUCCAUUCCCGCUCACAUCACAGUACCAGUCUCUGAAUCAAGCUCAUCAACGACAACUCUGGUAAAGUCUUUGAUCGACAACCACGAACUAAUUGGAAAGAUCUUUGUCAAGACAGAUGCCGAGGCCAGUGAUACGCCGCAGCCACCACCGGCCCAGCAGCGGUCCCGCCUCCGCAACCGUCUCGCGGCCCUGUACUUACCCCAACAGAGCUAA